GUUCUUAGAAAACGUUGUUCUCCUUCUAAUAAAUUAAGAGCGCGGGGAGAUAAAACUAAAAGAAAAAAAAAAUCCACUAUGCAAAACUGGACAGCGUGCGCGUUCGCGCCGGUGCGCCCCAGCGCUGCGGCAGUUGCCAGGGGAGAUAGGAAGGGAGGGGUUUUGAUUGGCUGAAGCGGACCUGUUACCAUGACGACGGUGAGGGGUUUGGUAGCGUUGCUGUGCGCUGUGUGAUCUGCGCGCUGCGUGUAUGGAGGAAGCAGCUGCUGAUCUGAUCUCUGACAUUGUGCGAGACAGACAUCUGAAUUAAACUCUGCCUUUACAACACACCGCUCCCGGGUAACGACGUGUAUGAUUAACUCUGUGGUUUAAUGGGUCCAAUCAUUGGGAUGUCACCAGAUAAGAAAACGGAAAUUCCGGGUAUGCAGGACGAGCGGACGGGCCUCAGAGGUGUCUGCGGUGUGGGAACCCUGCCUGAGGCAGAGUGUGCAUCCAGUCCGCUGGCAACAAGUGUGGAUCGCGCUUCAGGUACAGAGGAUGAGGAGCUCACCAACCUCAACUGGCUCCAUGAGAACCUGCUUCAGAACUUCACUCUAGGGGGCCCAGAGGCACAGACAAGCGGCAGCCCCCUCUUCGACAUCGAAGGAGACUACAAGCCAAACCAGGGGGCAUCGUCAUCCUCGUCACCUUCAUCACAAAACAGGGGCAGGGAUCGGGACUCGCUAAAAUCGAAGCCCCCUUUCUCAUUUUCCCUCCUCAUCUACAUGGCCAUCGAGCAAUCUCCCAGCAAGUCACUGCCUGUUAAAGAGAUCUACGGAUGGAUUCUGGAGCACUUCCCGUAUUUCUCCAACGCUCCCACAGGCUGGAAGAACUCAGUCCGUCACAACUUGUCUCUAAAUAAAUGCUUCCGCAAGGUGGACAGGAGUUUGGGAAAGGCCAAUGGAAAAGGUUCCCUCUGGUGCGUUGACCCAGAGUAUCGCCCCAACUUAAUCCAAGCUCUUAAGAAGCAGCACUUCCCAGCCGUUCAUGCCUUCUGCACGCCACCCGCCUCCCCACCCAGUGCCUCCUCACCUCCUCGCCAUCUCUUUCUACAAGGCUGCUCAUUCAAAGGUAACUCCGAUGGGCCGCUGGACCUCUCCCGACCCGACUCUGUCCUGGUGAGCAGUGAUCCAAAGCAGGACCACAACUACAGCAGUGCAGCCCUGCAGCGCUGCUCCUCCCGCUCCUCCUCCUCCUCUCUCUCCUCCCUGGAGGAAGGCGGCUGCGGGCCUAGGCAGUCACGGCGCGCUGGCAGCGAGGGUUUUCACAGCGACGAGGACUCCGACCUCUGGGACGAGAGGGCUGUCCAGCAGAGUUCCCGACGUCCAACCGCCAUCAAGUGGCCCAUCAGCAAGCGACCCCGACGCGAGGUCAAACCAGAGCUGGACGAGGAGCUAAAAGAGGCGGCAGGGUCGUUGCUACACCUCGCUGGUAUACGCAGCUGUACAGAGGGGUCCAAACGUACUGUCAAAAGCACAAAACUUAACAGGAAAUGAAGUUCCCUUCACCCCAAUAAACUCUGGACCCUGUGAAUCCUAACCCCUGACUCCCGAUCUUGUGCCUCCUUCUCCUCACCUGAUCGUUCACUGGCCAUUUUGAGCCUCUUUUGGUUGGGAGCGUCCUCGUCCAACUAACAAAUGGCAAUAGUAUCGUUCACACGGGAGAACAAAGCCAUAUAGAGUAACUCGGGAGGGGGAGCGGAUGUUUGGGCUGUGGAGAUCCAUCAAAAAGUACCUAUCCAAAAAUGACCUGCCUGUUUUUGUCAGAUUUCGAAGACUGUGAUUCAAGAAUUUCUUUCAAAGACAAAAAAAAAAUUUAAAAAAUGGGGAAAAAAGCUUAAGGUUUUUCUAACUCAAAGCGUUGCAUGCUUCCUCCUCAAACUGUAUCCUCUUCCAAGUGAAUCUAUUUAUGAAGCGAAUGAGUGCAUGUUUGUAACAGACAAAGCCUAACCUCCUGGUGUUAUCAGUUUCUCCUCUUUGUGCUACAAGAUAGAAAAAAAAAAACUAAACAAAAAACAACAACAACAAAGUAAUGCCACUAUUUGGAAAGCAACCCUUUCUCUUUGAAUCCUCUUAAAACAUGCAAUAAUAAAUCCACAACCUUAAGUUUUUUAUUUUUCAUCCUUUUUAUUGAAAAGUCGAGUAUGCCAGAUCAGGUUUUCAUAAAAGAAAAUAAAUGGAGGAGUAUUUUAUUCUCUGUAGGCCAUCCACUUACUGCACACAAACUGUGGCUCUUUUUCAGGAUGUGAAAGCAGUAUUUCUCCACAGCUGCCAAAUUCAGUUAAACAACUUAGCAUUACUGCUUUGAGUAAAUAAUUUUGUAGUGUAAACCCAUGGCACAUUUUCAUGUUUGGUUAACAUCUGACUGCCAUGCAACGUCAGACUCCUAGCAGCAUUUUCAUGGGUUUCCCUGCACAGAUUUUUAUUGUUGCACAUCUGUAACAUAGCUCACCCUUUUUUCAACCCGACCCAGAAGAUCGGGGUCUUUAGCAGCCAAAAUCCAUGCUCUUACUUUCUUGACCAAAGCGGCACCAGUUAAAAAAACAAUGCGGAUCAGACCGACUCUGGGAACCAGAACCAUGAUGUCCUAAUCCCCUUUAUGAAUUUUGCACCAUGGGCUUGUUUAUCUUCUGAAGCAAAUAUAAUUUUCAGCUUAAAGUAUCAGUUUUUAUGAAGAGAUCCACUGUUAUAGUACAGUCCAUGGGGGGAGAGCGAAAGCUUAAAUUUACAGUCACUUUAAGCAAGUUACUAUAGAGCAGUGCUGACCUCAGGGCCGUCUGACAGGGAGUGUUUCAUCGUUGCUCUUCCCGCUAGAACAAAAUAAGGAAGUGCACACUCUUCCCACAAGCUUGUAAAGUCGGUGUCAGCUGAUUGCAGCCAGCUCUCAGAAGGGAAGUCGUCGAUCACCGCAGUUGUUAUGUUGGAGCAUUUGGCAAGGCUGCAGACUAACAGGAUUCAUGGUAAUCUCUGCAGGAAUGAGGGUCAAUAAGUGAAAAAUGUGGAUGUUUUACCUCAAUGAAACAGCCAGUGAAGCAUAUGUGGGUGUUGCCAAACCUUUUUUUUUUUUAUUUCAUUUGUGCCACGAACUUAAAAAAAAGGGGGCCUAUGGUCUCUGAGCCGGUGCCUCUUAAUAAAUAAGAAUAUCAUUGUGUUUAUUUUACAAAUUCAAUUUCAAAAAGUGAAAUAUUUGUGGCUGAAUACCAUGCAGAGUGAUGUUUUUUUCAUUCCUUUUUUUUCCAAAUAUGGCUUAAAACAAUUGACAUCCCAAAAUACAGUUUCUGAUAGAUUUAAAAAUGAAUUAAUUUAAAUAAAAUAUUAGUUUUUGUCCAGUAUAUGCUCUAAGAACUGGCCGCAGCUGUUUUCUGCAUGAAUUACUGCAUCUGUGCAGAGAAGCCAGGGCUUGAUCAGCAUGUGGCUCUGCUGAGGUAGUAGGAAAGCCCAGGUUGCCUUAACAGAGCUCUUCUGCUUAUCUGCAUUGUUGCAAGUUCUCCUCAUGAUGCUCCUCUCUUUGCUGUAUAGGAUGGUUAGGUUAGUGGCAGUGAAACCAUGCUAGUUAAAACAGCACUAAAUUUACUUUUUGUUUGAAAUGGUAAUAUUGCACCACCGAGCAGCUCAAAUAUUUUUUCUCUUUAGUCCAGGGAGUACGCUUUCAGAGUCUCUGACUCAGAGGGGAAAGUGAGUGUUUUAAUCCCUGUCCUGGUCAUAUUGGUUUGUUGGAACUGGUUAAACUCAGACUCCUGUUAGCUACUUUUAAAUCUCUGCCAAAUUCCUGGAAGCUUUGCUUCAAAACCCUCCAAAUCAUGUGUUUAUGUGCCUCUUAAAAGCAUAGUUUCUCCUUCCACUUAACUUUCUGUUUAACAUGCUUUGAUCCAUUUUAAGGAAAGUUAGCCAUACAAUAAAUCUUCAGCUUUUCUAGUUGGGACUUUUUGUGGGUUUACCUUCCUUAUGGAGGGUUUUACUGACGUCCCCUGGGAAGCUGUCAUAACUGUGUAACAUAACAUUUCUUUGUUCAUUUUCUUUAACUAAACCUUCAGUAGUGUUCUGAUGUUCUGAGAAACCUAAUGUUGUUUUUCAUAAUAAAUAGAACUAAAUGCUUAAAACAUACCACUCUGUAAUAAUUAUAAAUUACUCAAAGAAUGAUAUUCUGAUUUAUUAAGGUGUACCUGGAUCUCGCUCGCUGCCACACUGUAGUUAAGUUUUCUGUGAGAAACUGGAAUCUGGUGAUCUCACCAGUCUGGUUGUUUUUAUUACUUUUUAUUUUUUUCUGCCACUUUAGAGUGGGAACUAUCCAUUGAGGUAAAAGCUGUGGUUCCCAGAACUAAUACUUGCUUACACUGGUCUUGUUUAGCUGUGAAAAAAACAGAACAAAUAAUUUGUUCGUUAAUCCUCAUCUUAUUUAUGACUUUAAUUUAUGAGAUAAUUGAAUGCAUACUCUAUCAAACACUGGUCAUGUCAAAAAAAUGACUUGAGCACAUUUCUGUUCUUUACUCUGUGAAGUCUUGAGUUUUUUUUUUCCUUGUUUGUUUUACAGCAAUACCCUUUUUUUCCCCCUUGUUACACUGAUUACAUAAUUUGCCAACGUAUGUCUUUUGAGCGGGUUUCCUCAGUUUAAUCCAUGACUGCCAGUUUUUUAUGUGUUUGUUUUGCUUUUUUUAAUAAGCUGAAUAGAAGCAGUAAAUUAACGUUGAUCCGGGACGUUUUUUAUGUUGCCAAAACUGAUGCACGCUGGGAUUUUGAAUUAAAAGCUUACUCAUCACCCUUGUGUUGUAAAAAUAGUUUAAGGCUGAUUGAGUAACUCUCAUGAUACGUUUGGUCUGUCUUUAACUUUUAUCAGAUUGAUUAUUGGUUUUACAAAAUCAGAUUUGGCUCUUAGGAAGAAAACAACUCCUGCUCAUCACUGAUGCCAGGAACGUUAGCGAUUUGCUGUAAAGCUGGAUCACAACGGCUAAAGCCAACAAGGCAGCUUCAGUUCAAAGUUAGAUCAACGUUCCAUUAUGAUGAGUUCAGAGUAUUUAUGGGAAAACAUCUUUAAAAAAUCUGAUUCUGUAGCAUCUACAAAAGUAAAGACAUGUUGGUCUUAAAGCAACAGUGUGUUUGCAGACCGGCCAGAGGAGUUUUCACUCAGCUAAGGUAAUUAACUCCUUUGUUUCUGCACAGCAGUUUUGAACAUGGUUUUUUGAUUUAUAUUUUAAAUCAUUCUAUGUUGCAGUUCCUUUGGGUGUUCUAAUUCUCACACUUGACAAAGCUGCCAACCCAGUAUCAGUUUGUCUGUUGUCUGCCAUGUCCAGUGGACUGACACACCUGUUGUUUUUUUUGUAUGCUAACCUCUGUUGAUAAAAAUGUUUAUAAGAUUUAUUUUCGCCAAAGAUAUGCAAUUGCAUUAUAUAUGGUAUUACAAAACUAUUAAUAAAAUCCUG